CUUGUGGAUAGUCAUGUUUGCAACAACGUUAAAACACACUUGUAGAUUACAACGUUCUUCCUUUGUCUCCUUGGCAACGCCAUCCUUCAAAAGAUACUUCACUUAUGAUAUAACAAGUGAUACCACCACACAACCAACUGAUGUCAUGUUUGAUAGAAUGAAAACAGCUUCCAAAGAAGAUGAUGUCUUUGGUAUGGAUGCUUCAACAAAUCAACUUGAAAAUCGAGUGGCGCAACUACUUGGUCAUGAAGCUGGUCUUUUUUGUGCAUCAGGUGGCAUGACGAACCAACUGGGGAUUCGCGUCUCGUUGCAUCAGCCUCCUCAUUCAGUACUUGUGGAUGCAAGGUCACAUGUACAUCUGUAUGAAUGUGGCGGAAUAGCUUAUCAUGCACAAGCAUCCGUGACGGCCGUGACGCCUAAAGGGCAACAUUUGAGUGUAGAGGAUAUUAAACAGCAUGCGAUCCGUGAUGAACUAUGUGGGGCGAUGACACGCGUGGUAUCAGUAGAAAACACGUUGAAUGGCACGAUCAUGCCAUUACCACAACUGGAGGCGAUUCGUGAAUAUAGCCUCAAUCAAAGGUACAAGCUACAUAUGGAUGGUGCUCGAUUAUGGGAAGCCAGUGUAGCCACCGGGAUCCCUCUGGCGGAUUACAGUCGGUUAUGCGACACGGUAUCGGUGUGUCUUUCAAAAGGGGUGGGUGCACCAAUUGGAUCCGUGCUGGUCAGUGAUAAAGAAACCAUUCGACGCGCGCGUCAUUUACGUAAACUGAUGGGCGGUGGAUGGCGACAAAGUGGCGGUCUGGCUGCUGCUGCUGAGUACUGUUUGGAUCAUGUGUUGCCAUCUCGUAUGAAAGACACUCAGGCACGCACGUUGCGUUUAUGGCAAGGAUUACAACGCUUGGGCAUGCAAUCCGCGUUGCCCGUGGAAACCAACAUGAUUUUCAUCGAUACCUGUGGAAGAGUGUCCCUACGUGCCUGGGCACAACAAUUACUGGAUCAAGCACACGUGCGUAUCGAUGCUAGUGAUCCAGAUGAUCGUAUUGCGAGAUUAGUAUUGCAUUAUCAAAUUCCCGAUCAUGUUGUUGAUAAUAUCCUUGAUGUGACAACCACAUUCGUUCGUGAUCAUGGCAAGGAACCAUCCACUUUCUCACCUUCCAAUUUACAAAAUGCUUAUCCAUCUGCUAAUAAUAAUAAAUCAUAACUCUUUUUUUUUUUUUGUUCCAAAAAAUAAAUAAAUUUUACCCCAUUCCUUGGUUUAGAUAAAAUAAAAAAAAAGAGGUCUAAAUUUAGAUGAAUGUUUGUUGCAGAUUUG